AUGGUGAGUGCAGGCGUUCCUGUGGACGUCGCGUGCUACAACGAGGUGCUCCGCGCCUUUGUGGCGGGAGGCCAGCUGGAGCUGGCCCUGUCGCUGUUCGAGAGCAUGCCGCAGGUGGGCCUCGCGCCGGACGCGGCAGCCUACAGCCUCGUCCUCGCCGCCUGCGAGCGCGCCGGCCUGUGGCAGCAGGCGCUCCACCACCUCGAGAGCAUGCGUGCGGCCGGCCUGCGGCCAGACGAGCAGGCCUUUGCCUCCGCGGUGGGCGCGUGCGCGAGCGGGGGCCAGUGGCAGUGGGCCGUACACGUCGUCACGGACAUGCAGGAGCAGGGCCUCGUGCCCACCGAGGCCACGUUCGGCGCCGCGAUCGCGGUCUGCACGGAGCGCGGGCAGGUGGAGUGGGCCGACGCGCUCGCGGUGAAGAUGUACCGGGCGGGCGCGGCCGAGGCCCUCGUCGGCGCGGGCCAGGGCAGGGCAUGGGUCGAUCGGGUGGCGGGCCUGCAGCGCUACGGGACCGACCUGGAGAAGACGAGGUGGGGCGUCUAUUGCGACGUCUACGGCGGCAGGCAGCGGGACCCCGCGGCGCACGACGACGCCUUCCUGGAGAGGUUCUUCGAGAUGCUCGACGCCUGGCCCACGGACGCAGGCAUGGAUGCCGAGGGGGCGGAGUCGCACGAGGUCCUGGCCAUGAGGGUCUUGGAGAUGCAGGCGGUCGCGUCCUCGGCGCAGAAGUUCAGGUGGGAGCGAUUCUGUGCGCUGCGGUCUGCCAGCCUCAGGGAUGAGCGGAACGACAGGCUUCGGCGGGAUCCCAUGCUGCACCACGACGCCCAGUCCCUGCGGGAGUACUUGGAGCUGGAGGCCGCUGCUGCUGCCGCAGUCCCCGAGGCGGCGGAGGAGGAGGAGCCUUCGCAGCCGCGCGGGGUCCAGGAGAUCUGCAACGAGCUGGCGAAGCUCCGGGAGGCCGCGGUCCUGUUCGAGGAGGCGGUGCGCGCGGGCGUGUUCAGUUACAGAUGGCGGGACGGCGCCGGAAGGAAGGACACACGCGUGGAUUUGCACAUGUUGAACAAGGACCUGGCCAAGCUGGCAGUGUACGUGGCGCUGAGUGAACUGUUGCUCCUUCCACCAGGCAGCGACAGGCUCAACUACAGCAUGCGCAUCAUGGUCGGCAAGGGGCUGCACAGCCAUGGCGGGGUCAAGGUUACAGGACCUCUCGUCCACAGGUUCCUGAAGGAAAGCUUCCUCUUCAAGCUGGCGCCGCUGGAUAACGCAUCCGACGUCAUCACUAUCGGCGCGAUGGAGGCUUGCGGCGGAGUGAAACACGGCUGCAGGUGGGUCGACGUCUUCGCGGACGAGGGCCACCGCGAGGGCGCGCGGCUCCUCUGGCUCGCCUGGUCGGACUUCCUGGACACCAGCCCGCCGCUGGCCUUCCUGGAGGAGUGGUCGAAGAAUCUCCGCGACGUGUCCUGGGACCAGGCGCACUCGAGGUCGCCCUUCGACAUCGCCUGGAAGGACCAACAUAGCCUCAGGUGCUCCCCGUGGUGGCGCACCAGGCCGUGGCCUUCGUGA